AUGGUUCAUAUCGAGGAACUCCCAGUCGAGGUCCUCUCGCAAAUUAUGGGCCAUCUUGUGGAUCCGGAAGACCAUAACCCCUCAAAGCUCCCGGGCCUGGACGCUCUGAAUAAGGACGAUGGCGAAGACGAAACCCACAAAGAUGAGAUGGAAGAUAUUCGAAAUGCCUGCCUAGUCUCGCGGAAAUUCUGUGACAUUGCCCAGCCGCUCAUCUUUCGCGAUUUUGAGGAUCUUGAUCUGGACGGCGACCUACGCAAUACCAUUGCUUUUGCCAAAGCCAUCUAUGGCCGUCCAGAACUCGGAAACUAUGUGCAAAGUAUAGGCUUCAUGCCCAUAAUCCCAGAAGAGGCAAAUUUUCGGGCGCAAGCUGGCAUUGGCCCUGAAUAUUCCGAGUUCCUUCAUGGUCUCAUCAAAGACCUCCAAUUGGGCGACCAGGAGAAAAGCUGGGUUCAGAUCUUGAAGAAUUGCGACUUGGGCAUCAUUGGAGCAUUGUUGGUGAACAAGACCCCCAAUCUUCGCGACCUGCAUCUGCCGGCCGGCCAAUUCUCCAUCAAGCCAAUCGUCGAUCUCAUCAGUAGAGAUCCAUCUCUUUUGUCCAACCUUGAGUCAUUCUGGGUUGAGAGCGACGUUGAAGACGCGGGUUGGGAUAUCGCCACUUUCGAGAAGCUCCUCACUAGCCCCCACCUCAUACACCCGACGUUCGAGUACGGCAAUCUUCUCGACAAAUCGUUCCCAUCUACCUGGAAGCCUCAAACAUUGAGUGCCCAGGAACUGGUCUUCCACCACUGCCACAUUGAUGGCGGCGCCAUCCAAAAGUUCAUGAAGGCGUGCAAGAAAGUGAAAUCCUUGAUUGUUCAAAAUUUCAGCGUGGAUCCUCAAGAUGGUCGACCUCCAACUAAAGGAAUGACCCAAUUUGACGCUGCGCAGGGCCUUAAAGCCGCCCUCUUGCACAAGAACACCCUUGAGCACUUCCACCUUGAGUACGAUGAAUACAGUGCCAAACGCCCGAAGAUUGGCUCCUUCCGCGACUUCACCGCACUGGAUAUGAUCUUCAUCUCACACUCGAUCGUUCCCCCUCACCCUACAUUCUGCCGCUCGCUAAAAGAACUCCAUUUCACCGACUGCAACACAUCUGUCCGGGAAGUGGUGAAGAAUAUCGCGGCAGACUGCAAGAAGGGUCUUUACCCAGAAUUUACCAAGUUCAGGGUCCUCUCUCGGGAUAUCACCGCGCCUAUUAAACUCCCCGGGCAACGGGUUCCACAAGGACAAACCCCGGAACAAUGCUUCCGCAGUAUUCAAGAUAUGUUUAAGGGGACUAAGGUGGACUUCCAGAUCGUUCCGUAUGAGAUGCCGGACUUUGACGAUUACGAUUCCGACACGGAAGAUUAUGAAGACGACGAGGAGUACCCACCUGGCCUGGCAGGACUACUUGGAGGACUCAGAGGUCCGGGAGGAGGAGGAGGUACCGGGCGCGGCCCAAUGCCACCGCAGCUUUUGGAUAUGAUUAUGCAGCGGGCAAUGCAAGACCCUGAGUUUGCCCACCUCGCUCCACGAGGCGGUGAUAAUGAUGACGAAUGGAUGACUGAUGGCGAGGACUGA